UCGGAGGAUCCUACAGGACGGGCUGCCCUACAGGGUUGUAGUGCGGCCGAUUGGCCAACUCGGAUUUUAAAAUCCGAGCCGUCUUCCAAAUCCUAGACAAUGUAGUAGCAAUUUUUCUCUUUCUUUGGUUUUCUAGGAGACUAGUGAUAUUCAUGUUUUGAAAAGUGAUUUUCAGAAGUUAAUUACAAAUUUAUAAGUAUUACUUAAUUCUCCUAUUUCUGUAAAUAUGUUUUUUAUUUUUUAUUUUCCAUUUUUGAGCUCAAGCUGAGCCGGCCCGAUCCAAACCCGUUAUAUUUUGCCCCGGAGUCCAACCACUCGAGGCGGGAAAUUGACUCGCUGGUGGCAGUGACGCUUGGGCGGGACUCAAGUACAACCUGGUUCACUUACGCUCGCGUUAUUACCUCGCCACGUCAUGCUUUCGAUGCCUGGCCCCACAGUCCCAAUACCGUCUCUGUCCUCGUAAUUUUAACCGAAAUGCCGGAAGUGCCACUCGAAUCACGAUGGGCUCGCGCUGUCAUUGGUUCAUUGAGAAACAGGGCAUCAGUAUCGUCUGGACCUGAUACCGACACGCCAUCUAAAGAGCCCAUGCUCGAAGGGGACCACUCGUGCCAGCGUGGCCGCUCCCGCGGAGCCACGUGGGACCCACACCGAACCCUUUAAAGCUCUCGCACAGCCCUAAAUGCGCCAAACGCCACCAACGCAACUCUCUCUCUCUCUCUCUCUCUCUCUCUCUCUCUCUCUCAUCACCACUCCGAUUCGAAGCAGUACAGAACUGACAGAGUAAUGGAAGGUGAUAAAUCGAACGACAAUGAGAAUCCUCCUGCCUCUUCUUCUAUUGUACAAGAGAAAGAUGAAUUUUCCUUUAUCAAUAUGAAUAAUGAUGCUUCUGAUAGCACUGGUAUAUUUCACAAUGGUAGCCCCGCUAGAGUUGAUCCUCUGUCCUUUCCUUACAUGCCAUCUCCAAUUCCUCCUUUACCUUGGAAAGCCAUGCAUGGAACAUAUCAACCUUACACGCACAGCAUUCCUGAGACCCGUGGCAGUAUGAUGAUUGAUCUCAACCAGCUCUUUAACCAGCAAAAUACCCUGGUUACCCCAUAUAGACAAGAUGUACCUUUUACUGAAGGGAAUGUCAAGCAAGUAUCACACACUCAUAAUAAAAGUGGUGUUGCUGAUGCCUCUAUGAUCGAUUCACCUUUUUCUAAUUGCUUCAAGAUCUCUGAGAUCAACAGAAAUUAUUCGUUGAUCCUGGGUAAUGCUGACGGAGGUAAUGAAAUGACCGGGCAGGGUGUAGAGGCAGAUGGUAGCUAUGGUAGUGGACCGCCACUAAAGAAUUUUGUUGGUGUAGGUGGUAGUGAAACAUUCAAUUCCCAAAAUUGUGAAGUACUUAAUGUUGAUAACCGUGACCAUGCUUCUCAAUUCGGUUGUCCAAAAAACACUUAUGGAAGUUUUCUUUCUCUUGGAAUCGGAGAUCAAACAGAUGCCAGAUUUAAAUCUGAUCUCAGCCGGGGAGAAAUCCCUGGUGAACUGGAGGGUGCUGUUUUUCCCCAGUUAAAUGCUUCCCAUGUUCGACAAGCUACUGGAAGCUCUUUGAGUCCAAGUCAGAACUUGUUCAGUGCAUUUCCAAGCUUCCAAAAUAAUGUUGGUGGAUUCACAGGUUGGGGAAAUGAUGCGGGAGGAUGGGUCUCAACCAACACUAAUGGUGGAGCAAUAAGUGGUACUAAUACCGGUCUCGAAUCAAGGCCAUUCCCUUUUUCACAAAAUCCACAAGCUGAUCUACAACAUGGUUUUCCUAAAUCCAGUGGCAGGAACCUAGGUUUUGAAGAUAACAGAGUUUCUAGAUAUGUACAUUCAGAUCCUUAUAAAGCGUUUGUAGGUGGGGUUACCACACCUUCGGUACCAAUUAGCUGCAGCUCAGCUAGGUUAUUUCAAUCUGGACAAAUUGGGGCUUCUGGGUUCGCAACAGAAUCAGUAAAUGUUACUGGGGCCACCACUCAGCCAACUUCAGAUCAACUACAGAGACGGUUUAUCAAAACAGUGCAAACUCUCUCACCGGAGUCUUCUAUGGUUUCUUCUUUAGGUGGGGUCAAAGGAAGCUCUAUGCGGCAAGAACAUUCAGGACAGCUAUUUUCUCCUACCGGUGGUAAUGCCCCUGUUGCUGCUGGGGGUGGUUUGAUUCCCAAGAGGAUGGGAUUUCAUGAUAAUAAGGAUAGUGCUGCUCAAGCAGCUGGAAGUGGCCUUUUCCCCAAGAGGCUAGGGAUUCAAGUUAAUGAGAUCAGUGCUGCUCAAGCUGCUGGACAUGGUCCGUUUCCCAAAGGCUUUCAAGAACGUAUGCCCCUUCAGUUCUCCAAAGAUCUUCUUGGACCAACAUCUACAGCAGGUCCAGUAAUUCCAACUGCAAAAAGUUAUGGGCGCUCCCGGGCUUCUAAUGCUCUUGCUGGACCACAUAGAAGGGGUACAAUUCGACCCCCUCCAGCUUCUCCCCAAGUUCAGUGUAAGAAGAUAGCACUUCAACCUCCCAUUCUUCCAAUUUUGCCAUCCAAAUCUCAGCGCAAGAAGAUAGCAUUUCAACCUCCCAUUCCUCCAAUUUUGCCAUCCACAGCUCAGCACAAGAAGAUAGCACUUCAACCUCCCAUUCUUCCAAUUUUGCCAUCUACAGCUCAGCGCAAGAAGAUAGCACUUCCACCUCCCAUUCUUCCAUCUUCGCCAUCGCCACCACAGACUGCUCCUGCUGCUGCUCUUCCUAUUCCUAAUCCUGCUCAUGUUCAUCGUAUAGAAUGGCAGGAUUCCGAGGGACUUCCUCAACCAAGUGGACACAAAUGUUUGUUGUGCAAGAGGGAUCUUUCAUUCACAGCAGAAGGUCAAGUAUACCAGCCAGCUAUUCCACCGGCUGUCGCGGUUCUUCCAUGUGCCCACACCUUUCACGACCAUUGCUUGCAACUUAUCACUCCAGAAAACCAGUCUAAAGAUCCUCCAUGCAUUCCUUGCGCCAUUGGCGAGACUUAAGUUCUGACUAUUUUUUUUUCCCGUAAUUUCCUAGAGAGCGGCCUCUACCAUUCUGAGGCAUUUUUGAAAAGAAGAGAGGAAGGUGACAUUAUGGAAGGGAGAAAUUUCUCAGUGGGGAAUUGCGGAGAGCAGGUAAAAGUCUAAAAAAAAUGUACAUGCGGAAAAUGAGAAUGACAGAGAUGGUCCGAAAGAUAGAUAGUAGCUAAGGCUCUGAAUGUGCAUAUAAUUGUCAUCACUCUAUUCGUUCAUAAACUAACUUUAGCCACAUUGGAAGCUUAUAAGCCCAUAUAUGAUUCAGAAAUUGGCUUUGAAUUA